AUGAAUCGUAUCGAACCAUACACAGAAGAGUUCACGGUCGAACGACGAGUGAGUUCAUCAAUGAGUCAAAGACAACAUCCAACAACUGAAUUAAUUCAAAAUACCGACUCCAACGUAGAGAAUGUACCAUGCAAUGAGAAGAUCGCAUUAAAACGACAUCUUGGCCUAUUUUCUGCCGUUACUUUCAUUAUCGGCACGAUUAUUGGAAUUGGAUCGGCUCAUGCUCGGACUGGUGAUAUGCUUGCAUUUGUUAAUAGUUGGGCGAAAACAUUUAUUCUUCAACCAUCAAGCAAUGCCAUUAUUGUUCUCACAUUUUCAUCCUACUUUUUAUCGGGAAUUAUGGAUAGUUGUGGUCCACCGAUUGAAUUAGUGAAAAUGUUGGCUAUUUUCUCGCUUGGUCCGUUGGAUGAUCCGAUAUUAUUUUUAUCUACAUUUUCACUUAUGUAUUUAGUCAUUCUUGGCAAUGUAAAUGCAUGGAGUGUUACAGCAGCCAAUCGAUUGAAUAUUGUAUUUACUGUAAGCAAAAUGGCGACAAUCUUGGUGAUUGCCAUCGCAGGUCUCGUGCGAAUCGGUCAAGGUACAACGGAUAAUCCGUUAAGAAUCGCACUUGCUUUCUAUUCUGGACUUUGGGCAUAUGCCGGAUGGGGUAGUUUAACGUCAGUAACUGAAGAAGUAAAAAAUCCUAAACGAAAUCUGUGGUUAUCUAUUGUUGUGGCCAUUCCUGCAGUCAUUAUUUUAUAUAUUCUGACGAAUAUAUCGUAUUUUACAGUGAUGACGAAAUCUGAAUUGCUGAGUUCAAAUGCCGUUGCCAUGACAUGGGGCGAGAUUGUACUAGGAUCUGUGGCUCGUGCUUUACCAAUUUUAAUAUCUAUAAGUGCAUUGGGCAGUGCCAAUGUAUCGACGUACUCAUACGCUCGUCAUUGUAUGGUUAGUGCACGCUAUGGAUAUUUACCUGCCAUUUUUUCGUAUAUUCAAAAACAACGACUAACACCAUUACCUGCCAUUAUAUUACAAGCGAUUCUUUCGAUCAUCUACUGUAUUCCAAGUGAUGUUGACGGUCUGAUCAAUUAUUUUAGUUUCGUUUCUUGGCUUUUCCGUGGAUUAACAUUCACUGCCGUGCUCUGCUGUCGAUUUACGAAACGCGAUGCUCAUCGAGUUAUUAAAGUUCCUAUUCCUCUGGUGAUAAUCAUGAUAUUAAUAUCAAUUUAUCUCGUCAUAGCACCGGUUAUAUCGCGUCCCAAUAUUGGCUUUCUUGUUGCAUCUGUUAUUCUACUCAUUAGUUUGCUAGUUUACUAUGUCGUUGUCUUUCGGAAGAUGACGCCGAAAUUUAUGAAGAAAAUGAAUACGUUUAUUGAAAGUUUUUUCAAUUUGACAGAAUCACAAAUCAACAUUGACACAUAA